UGAAAAUUGAAGGGCUAGUGUCGCCAUUCUGUCACUAUCCCCGCAUUAUACUACCUCACUAUCCCAUCGUUUUGUACCAUUAAGCCAAGUCAUUUUAUCAUGCCACAGUUCUAAUACCAAAUUAACCUUCACCUUGAACCUAUUAGUAGCUAAAGGUGCUCAAAUUGGAAUGUUCUGGGGUUGAAAAAUCCCUGUUGGCCUUAUAUUAGUUCAAACUCAAGGUGUCAACUAGCAACGCUCUCUUUGUCAGAGUCAAUCUUGAUCUUAGCUACAAUCUACAUUCGCUUAACUCUGCUAAGAAAGGUUGACUUGGAUGCCACAAAAACAUGCCCAAGUGACAGAAUCAAAUUGAUUUGAGUGCUCAUCCGAAUCUGCUCGAGCAUUUCAUUGCAUUGCAUAUGAGCUGAUGGCCGGCCGGAAAAAGGUUCAGGUGUCUUUUGUGAUCCGUGAUGAAGGUGAGCGCUGUCAUCGCGCUGGAAUCAACUCCUUGCAGUAUGACCCGACCGUGAACCGCCUCUACACCGCUGGGCGGGACUCCAUCAUCAGGAUAUGGAACGUUCAGUAUGGCAAAGAGCCCUACAUCCAGUCCAUGGAGCAUCACACAGAUUGGGUCAACGAUGUUCAAUUGUGUUGUGGCGGGAAGAACUUGAUCUCCGCCUCGUCGGAUACCACGGUCAAGGUGUGGAACGCCCACAAGGGCUUCUGCAUGUCCACCCUACGCACCCACAAGGACUACGUUAAAGCUUUGGCCUAUGCCAAGGACCGCGAAUUGGUGGCCUCGGCCGGUCUGGACAAGGCCAUUUUCUUGUGGGAUGUGAACACUCUCACGGCCUUGACCGCCUCCAAUAACACGGUGACUACCUCGAGUCUUAAUGGGAACAAGGACUCGAUCUACAGUCUGGCCAUGAAUCCCUCGGGGACGGUGAUCGUGAGUGGUUCCACGGAGAAGGUCUUGAGAGUGUGGGAUCCGCGGACUUGUGGCAAGAUCAUGAAGCUGAAGGGCCAUGCGGACAAUAUCAAGGCCUUGGUCCUUAACCGUGAUGGUACUCAGUGUUUGUCAGGCAGUUCCGAUGGAACAAUCAAAUUGUGGAAUCUUGGCCAACAGCGAUGUGUGAGUACCUAUUACGCCCACGAAGAGGGCGUUUGGGCCUUACAAACCAACGAGGCGUUCACGCAAGUCUUCUCCGGGGGUCGGGACAAGAAUAUUUGGCGGACAGAGCUGAAACAUCCGGACAAUCACGCCCUAGUAUGCACGGAAUCCGCCCCAGUUCUGAAAAUGAUUCUCACUCCGGAUCAGAAUGGACUAUGGGUUUCCACUUCGGAAUCGCAUGUCAAGCAUUGGAAUUUGGGCCGGGCAGAUUUCCAACGUGCCAGUCUGAAUUCGCGCGAGCCUUUGCUGACCGAGCCGGACUACGUGAUUCGAGGCGGGAGCUCGAUCAAGCAAUAUCACAUCCUCAACGAUAAAAGACAUAUUUUGACGCGAGACACGGAAUCGAAUGUAGCUCUGUACGAUAUCCUGAAAGCGCAGAAGGUCAAGGAUUUGGGUCCUGUGGACUUUGAUGCCGAGGUCAAACAGCGUCAUCAAGUAGUUUAUGUGCCAAAUUGGUUCACUGUGGACUUGAAGACGGGUAUGCUCACUGUUCAUUUGGGCCAGGACGAGAACGAUUGCCUUUCGGCUUGGGUUUCCGCUCGAGAAACCGGAUUGGCGCCUAACGACGCCGUCGAUCAGAAGGUCAACUACGGUGGACUUCUUCUACAGGCUCUUCUGGAGCACUGGCGAAGGCCUUUUCCUUUGGAAGAGGAACCAGACAUUGACGGAGGGGUUAUCCAUAAUGGAGUGGGUCGUGGUGGUAAUGAGUACUUUUCUGUGCCGGGACACACUCCAGUCAUAUUUUCUGAAGUUGGCGGGCGCACGCUUUACCGGCUGCUUGCGCGAGACGCGGGUGGAGACACUGAAGGGGUGCUCCUCAAUGAAACCGUUCCAUCAUGGGUGAUUGACAUCGUGGUGGAGCGGAAGUUGCCAAAAUUCAUCAAGGUCACGUUCUACGUGCUCCCCCAUAAGGAAUUGGGAUUCAAGUCGUUCAAACGGGAGCGCUUGAUUGCGAAUGAUUUCCUCCAAAUCCGCAAAGUCAUCGAACACGUUUAUGAGAAGGUGAUUUGUGGCAGCUCGGAAGCGGGCAGCUCUGCGGGCUCACCCACGGGCGAUCGUGAUCAGCAACGAAGUGGGGAAGACUCUAGCUCAAUUGCCGAAGAUCGCGUAGAGCUCCUUUGUAACGAUGGAGUCCUGGAUCCGAACCUCGACUUGCGCACCGUCAAAUAUUUCAUUUGGAAGUCUUUCUCAGAUCUAGUUUUACACUACAAAUUCCUGAGAUAGUCAUGUAAUUGUCAUUUUAAAUAUUCAUUCAUUACCUGUGUCUAGUUAUCUUCAUCAUUAUUAUUACUAUUAUCAUUAUUAUUGCCUUAGUUAUUAUAUCCAUUUUAAAGAGUGAUUGCAAACUCGCACGAGUCCCUUUUAAAGCCAGAUACUGCAAAAGAGAUUUUGUCAAACUUUUUGUUGAGGAUGAGACUCUCAAAACCUUGCUUUCUUACCCUAAUGAAAAGCUGCGUCUUUAAGCAAACGCAAACCCCUCACCCUCCCCAAACUCCACCGUGGAAAAUAUCGACAUUCGAUUAAUUUAUUGCAUUUGUUAUUAGAAAAAAGGAACAAUCCAUUCAUGAUCAUCAUUGUAAUACAGAGCUCUAAGAUUGUGAAAGAACAAGGACACUGAAUUUGCUGCUUUGAAGAUCGAACAGCUAAGGAUUUGUUUGCUUCCUUGUGAAUCGCGUGGAUUAAAAGAAGGAGUUGGCAAGGGGUAAAAAACAAGCCUGUAUGAGAUGGCUACGAAUUUGACAUUGAGAAAUAUGAAA